UACUCAUUUUCGUUGACAGUUAUCGGUGGAUGUGACGUGUAAAUUUUUCUACAGAAAAUUUUUGGGAAUUUGGAAAAUAAGUAACUUGCGAAUUUUUAAUAUUAAAUUAUCUACCAACUCCUCAAAACUAAUAAACAUGGGUUCCUUCCGUCGUGACAAAGAUGACGAAGAUGAAGGUACCACCAACAUCUAUCAACAUUUGGAAAAGACAUCCGUUUUGCAAGAGACACGGACAUUCAAUGACACACCUGUUAACCCAAGGAAAUGCAUUCAAAUUCUUACCAAAAUCCUAUACCUCAUCAAUCAGGGUGAACAGUUGGUUGCACGUGAAGCCACGGAUUGUUUCUUUGCAAUGACUAAAUUGUUUCAAUCUAAAGAUGUUGUAUUGCGUCGCAUGGUGUAUUUGGGAAUAAAAGAGCUGAGCUCUAUUGCCGAAGAUGUUAUUAUUGUAACUAGCUCUUUGACCAAAGAUAUGACCGGUAAGGAAGAUCUUUAUCGACCAUCAGCUAUACGCGCACUUUGUAGCAUUACCGACAAUACAAUGCUCCAAGCAGUCGAACGUUAUAUGAAGCAAUGCAUUGUCGAUAAGAAUCCAGCAGUGUCUUGUGCCGCACUUGUGAGCUCAUUGCGUUUAGCCAGCACUGCCGGCGAUGUGGUAAAACGUUGGGCUAACGAGGCACAAGAAGCUCUAAACAGUGAUAAUAUAAUGGUGCAAUAUCAUGCCCUGGGCUUACUCUACCAUAUUCGUAAAUCAGAUCGCUUGGCUGUAUCUAAAUUGGUAAAUAAGCUAACACGUAAUUCUAUGAAGAGUCCAUAUGCAGUAUGCAUGUUGAUACGUAUUGCUUGUAAGCUAAUUGAAGAAGAGGAUACCUCUGCUGAGGAUAUGCCAACAUCACCAAUGUUCACUUUCAUCGAAUCAUGUUUGCGUCAUAAAAGUGAAAUGGUCAUUUAUGAAGCAGCGCAUGCGAUUGUUAAUCUAAAGAACACAAAUGCACGAGUGCUAUCGCCAGCAUUCUCCAUUUUGCAACUUUUCUGCAGCUCACCAAAAGCCACUUUGCGUUUUGCAGCUGUACGCACACUGAAUAAAGUUGCGUUGAUUCACACUGCUGCAGUGACAACAUGUAAUUUAGAUCUAGAGGGUCUCAUAACCGAUUCCAAUCGUUCUGUCGCAACAUUGGCUAUAACAACUUUAUUAAAAACUGGUGCAGAAUCGUCUGUGGAGCGUUUAAUGAAGCAGAUUUCUACCUUUGUUGCAGAAAUUUCCGAUGAGUUCAAAGUAGUUGUCGUACAAGCAAUUUGUGCGCUUUGUUCCAAAUAUCCGCGUAAGCAUACUGUUCUGAUGAAUUUCCUCAGCGGUAUGUUACGCGAAGAAGGUGGCUUGGAAUACAAAACAUCAAUAGUUGACACCAUUAUCACGAUAAUUGAAGAAAAUGCUGAAGCAAAAGAAUCUGGUCUCUCACACCUUUGCGAAUUUAUCGAAGAUUGUGAGCAUGUAUCAUUGGCAGUUCGUAUUUUGCACUUGCUUGGCAAAGAAGGACCAUUCGCAAAUACCCCAUCAAAAUAUAUACGUUUCAUUUAUAAUCGCGUUAUUCUGGAAAGCCCUAUUGUACGCGCUGCAGCCGUUACAGCGCUGUCACAAUUCGGCGCAUCUUGCCCUGCACUCAUGGAUAACAUUCUCGUACUACUGAGUCGUUGUCAAAUGGAUCCCGACGACGAAGUACGCGAUCGUGCUACUUACUACUUGCACCUUUUACAAUCCAACAAGGCCGAUCUGUAUAAACAUUACAUUAUUGAGCGGGAAACAUGUUCAUUAACUUUGUUGGAAAAGGCGUUGACGGAACAUUUGAAUGGCGACUUGACCACCAGCUUUGACUUGUCCAUUGUACCGAAAACCGCUAUUGUCAAAGAAGAAGUGCCCAACGAAGCUAUGCUUAUUUCUAAUGCACCGCGUGCACCGAAAAUCACACGCGAGGAAGAAAGUGCCGCACGUUUGUCUCAAUUGCCGGGUGUACAAGUUUUGGGUCCCAUUCAUCGCACAACCCCGUCCAUACAGCUUACCGAAAGUGAAACCGAAUACACAGUACAGUGCAUUAAACAUAUAUUUGCCAAUCACGUCGUAUUUCAGUUCGAUUGUCUCAACACAUUGCCGGAUCAAAUAUUGGAAAAUGUUCGCGUCGAGUUAACCUUACCCGAAGGAUUUAGAACCUUGGCAGUUAUACCAUGUCCGAAAUUGCCUUACAAUGAUUUGCAAAUGACAUACGUUAUUGUUGAAUUCCCAGGAGAUAUUGUGAGCUCGGCAGCAACAUUUGGUGCCACAUUGCGAUUUGUGGUAAAGGACUGCGAUCCAAAUACGGGAGAACCUGAUUCUGAUAAUGGCUAUGAAGAGGAGUACAUGUUGGAAGAUUUAGACAUCACAGUUGCGGAUCAAAUUCAAAAGUCGAAAAAGAGCAAUUUCCAAGCUGCUUGGGAUAGCGCAGAUACUGAAGAGUGGAUUGAAGCUGAAGAUACAUAUUCGCUAGCUGCCAUCACUACAUUGCAGAAUGCGGUUAGUUUGAUUUUAAAAUUCCUUGGUCUGGGUCCUGCCAAUUUGUCCGAGAAAGUGCCAGAGGGCACGCAUACGCAUACGCUACUUUGUUCUGGCACAUUUAGAGGUGGCGUGGAAGUUUUGGUGCGCGCAAAAUUAGCACUAGCCGAUGGUGUAACAAUGCAAUUAACCGUGCGCUCUACAGAUUCAGGUGUUGCUGAACUUGUGUCAUCCGCCAUUGGAUAGGAUACGCCUUGUUAGCAGGCCUAGAGAAUCUUAAUAUGAUUAGAUAUAUUAUCGUUAUGUUGGUUAAGAUUAAAAUGAGAAUAUUGCUAAUGCCAUUUGGAGAAUACUGAAAUGUAAUAAUAACCGCACACAAAGUGUGAAUUGUGGAUUUGCUACCGACGAUUAACAUUUAAAAAAAAAAA